CCGACAACUUAUUAGUACCGUCAAUAAUGACGCACUGCUAUCUGGAUGUGAUUUACUUACUUGUUACUAGUACCAUUCAGUAGAUUCCUUUACGGUUUAAAAAAUAAAGCGCAGAAGUUCUUUCGCUUUCAAAAUAUGUAUACUCUAUAGCUUGAUGGAUUUAUUUCAUGCUGGUGGGAUGCACUACCAAAAAUGAGCGAAGACGAAUCCAUCGAAGAACGCCAAGAGAACGAAGUGAAUGCCAUCAAAGCGAUAUUUGAUCCGUAUGUUGAGGACCUGCGCGAGCAAGAUGAAUGGAAGGUUCGCCGGUCUCCUGAAAUUCAGAUACGAUUGUUCCCACAAGAAAGCAUGCGAAAAGAAGCCCACGUUGAAUUGACGCUGGGUGUGAAAUGCGGAGAACGAUACCCGUUCGUUGCGCCGGAGUUGCGUUUAAUAAAUCCUAAAGGGCUGAGCGACGUUAACGUUAAAAAAUUGCUAAAAGAUUUGGAGAUGAAGGCAGAUGCAAUGAAGGGCCAGGAAAUGAUAUUUCCGCUGGCGGAAACCGUGCAGGCUUUUUUGUACGCCAACAAUAAACCAGCCGACAAAUCAUUUUACGACCAGAUGAUCAUGAAGCAGCGAAACGAAUCCGAAAAGCUGGCAGCGGAAGAACGACAGAGAAGGGAUUUUUUGCAAAAGCAACAGGAGCACGAGAUGGAGCAGAUUGAACAAGAAAUCGAAAAGCGUAAAUCCUACAUGCAGCAGGAAGAGAAGAAUGUGCGAUUUAAAAUUGAAAAUGAUGCUUCUGAAGAUCAGUCCGUCGAACCUGUCACAUUAGUUGCUUCGUCUUCGCCUUCAAGAUCAUCCACGCAAGAAAAGCCGCAGUUUCCCGUUCCACAAAGCAGAUCUCGGUCAACUGAGUCGGAAAGUCAGAGCAACCUUAGCCACAGAAAAGAACCCUUCGAGUUGGAAUUGCGAAGUGGUCGGAAAAAGCGGUUGCAGAUUAUCAGAUCGUUCGAAAAGGAACUCAAUGGUUCAUUCAUCCACCACGCUCUUGAUUUGGACCGCGAUAACGCCUUGAUUGUGGUCGGCGAAUGGUUGUUCCGCUGGCGACCGUGGCGCAAGAAACCUAGCGCACAGCAGCAGGAAAUUCUUGCCGAAGAAUCCAAGAAAUAUCUGAAACAGCUUGAUAUUAUGGAUGGAGAAUUUCAGCAACUGCUCAGACUGCGACAUUCGGGUUUACGGCAUUAUCUGGGAUGGAUGUAUGGAUUUGACAAGGAUCACGUUUAUGUGCAUGUGCUUAAAGAAUACAUUUACGGAACUUCUCUUUCCGCUUUCCUGAAGGAUCAUGCUCCGUUCUCUAUGGAACAAGCCCGGCUUCUUGCUUCCCAGCUUUUAGACAGCCUUAGUUACCUCCACAAGAAUAAUGUCGUACAUCGGCAUUUGAUACCUUCUUCUGUGAUAUAUUCCGAUAAUGGGAAGUUCCUGCUCGGUGAUUAUGCGAUCGAGAAGAAACUGGAAGAAAUUUACCAGUUUUCACUGAAUGAAGCUGGAGAUAUGGUUGCCACCAUAAAAAGUGGAAAGAAAGCCGAUAUUCUUCAGUUUGGUAUGCUGCUGGCGUCGGUUCUUGUUGGAUCCUUUAUUGUCCAGGAAAUUUACGACGUUCCUUUGACCGUUCCAACCGAAGCCAAAGAUUUCUUGAGUCGCUGUUUGAUUCAGUUUGAUAGAGAUCGUUGGCCCGUAGAACAGCUACAAAAUCAUCGUUUCAUAACAUCCCGAACAGCAAUGGUUGAAAAACUGGAAAUUUUAGUUCCCACAGAAUCCGAAAAAGGUUUUUUCAAAAAUUUGCCACCCGAGACACCGGAUGGAGAAGAUUCUGACCUGGCGUCACAACUGGCCAAACGGUCGCUGGCCGUACCAACUGAAAGUCGACUCAAUCGGGAAUUCGACAUCAUCCAGUUUUGCGGCAGUGGAGGAUAUGGCGAUGUGCUGAAAGUGAAGAAUCGUCUAGAUGGACGAACGUACGCUAUAAAACGGAUUCCCUUGAAAGAAGCCAAAGAAAAACUCAAUCAGCGGAUCCUGCGAGAAGUGAAAUUAUUAUCCAGAUUAAACCAUGAAAAUGUUGUUCGAUAUUACAAUUCUUGGAUUGACACCGUAGUUGUCAGUGAAAGCGGCACCCAGGAAUCAUCGGCGAUUACCACCGACAGUGCGGUUAGAAACGGAAAAGGUCCAGUGAAGACACCGGAAGGGUUUGUCAAUUCUUUUGGAUUCUUGCCUGACGAUAUUGAAAAAAACGCACCUCCUCCUCGAGAUGGUUCCGUAGAGUGGAGCGACGAUGAACUCGGGAACGGCCCUUCGCUCUUUGCUAAUGAUGAUAGUGUUAACGAUGACCAAGACUUUUUCGGCCCUUCGUAUCCCCAGAACAAACGACGUUCGCCCGAUUCGUCUUCGAUACUGUUUGAUGGUUCGCGUGCGGAAGAACCAUCAUCGGACUCCAAGGACACAACGAAAAGAACUGAAAUUGUCACGGCCAGCAGUCAACCUUCCAGCAGUCCCGCGCCAAUGGCCGUUUUGUUUAUUCAGAUGGAAUACUGUGACAAGAGCACCUUGCGAACAUGUAUUGAUGAGGGAUUGUAUAAAGAUCAAACAAGGGUGUGGCGUUUAUUUCGAGAGAUUUUGGAAGGUUUGGCGCAUAUUCAUCAGCAGGGCAUUAUUCACAGAGACUUGAAACCAGCAAAUAUUUUUAUCGACAGUGAAGAUCAUGCUCGAAUCGGAGAUUUUGGUUUAGCUACUCACCGACUUGCAAAUUAUGCAGAUAAUAUUGGCGAAUUGAGUGGAUCGCGAACGGAUACUAUGGCUACGGAUGAAGCCAGCCGCACUGGACGCGUCGGAACGGCACUAUACGUUGCACCGGAAUUAGUGGAAAAUGUUGCAAAAGCGACGUACAGCCAAAAAGUGGAUGUGUACAGCUUAGGCGUAUCUUUUUUUGAGAUGUGUUACCAUCCUCUUCCUACCGGAAUGGAGCGCACGAAAGUGCUUCAAAACAUUCGCAAGUCACCGGCGCAUUUUCCGCUUGACUUUGAUUUCUUCGCUCUGAAACAACAGGCUUCACUGCUGAUGUGGAUGCUGGAACAUGACGUACAAAAGCGUCCCCACGCUGUUGAUAUUCUUCAGUCAGAUAUGCUGCCUCCUGUACAAAUUGAAGAAGCGGAAGUUAAUGAGAUCAUUCGUCGUACCGUGCAUAAUCCACAGAGCAAAGCUUACAAGCGGCUAAUGCAUUCGCUUUUUGCGCAGCAGAUGAGUGCUGUCAAUAAUCUGACCUACGAUUCUGAUAUUCAGAAGGGUUCUGGCAAUAUGAAAUGGUUGUUGGCGUUUGAAUUUGUCGAGCGGAAGGUUACGCAAGUGUUCCAGCUUCAUGGAGCUAGCCGCUUUCAGACACCUUUAUUAACUCCAAAAUCCGAUCAGCACACAUCUUUGGAAAGUGUCAAACUUGUCGAUGCUUCUGGAGAUGUCGUUGUGUUACCACAGGAUCUUCGGGUUCCAUUUGCUCGGUAUGUCGCUCACAACGGGAUCGUCAGCAUAAAGCGUUUCUGCAUUGAUCGUGUUUACCGCGAUCGUAACAUUAUCGCAGCUCAUCCCAAAGAACUAUAUGAGUGUGCAUUUGAUAUUGUAACCUCCUUUCCAGAGAGUUUCCUGGCCGACGCCGAGUGCGUAUCAGUAAUCAACGACAUAAUUAAGGAGUUUCCCUCAUUAGCUGAUCGGAGCUAUCAUUUACGAUUAAACCAUACUGAUUUCCUUCGGGCUGCUUUUCUCAACGCCGGUAUACCGGAAAACAAAUUAGACCUAGCGUUGAAUCGUUUGUGGGACACCCGGCAUGAGAAGAGCAAGCAGAAAACACGAUUACGCUGGAAUGAAGUGCACGAAAUGCCUGAACACAGCCAUACAUUUCUUGAGAAAUUCCUUGAACAAGAAGGCGGGUUGGCUCAGAUAUCGGGAAUGGUCAAAACUAUUAUUCAGCGAAGAGGAACCGCUGGAUCUUUAGCGAAAAGAGCACUAUUCGAAUGCGAAAGCUUUUUGGGAAUUCUCGAGAAGAUGGGCUGUCCUUUUAAGGUGGAUGUAUGUCUGCAGCUGUCCGAUAAAUAUAUUCGAAGCGGUAUUGUAUACCACGUCGUUCAGCGUACUCAGAGUCCGCAUGGAGAUAAACCACUUGGAACCCUGGCAGUGGGUGGACGCUAUUCUUCCCUUGUUCAGUCUUUCGUUAAAAAGAGCUCCUUAGAUUUUCGACCAGUGGCCGUUGGUAUAAGCAUGGCUUUCGAUAAACUGGUGAAUGCCUUAACGAAGUCUGAAGAGUUUGAAUUGGAGAGCGCAAUCGAUGUUCUGAUUUGUGCCGUUGGCAGUUCGCCUAUGUUGAAGGAACAAAUUGGUAUCCUGCAUGGUUUGCGUAACCAGGGUAUUCGGGCGGACAUUUUAAUGGAUCCGCAUCCGGUGCUGGAAGAUACGCAGGAUUUUUGCAAAAGAAUGGCUAUACAUUUAGUGAUUAUCAAAGACAGUGCUUGUACGGUGCGUUUCAUGGAACGUGAUCGAAUAGUCGAGCGUAAAUUAGCGCUGAACGAAGUGACGGACUGGAUCGGGCAGAAGAUGUCAUCCACUCGUACUGAGCCGUCUGAUUCUGUAAAUGUGCCAACGGAAAACAUUGUCGCAACCCCGGUGCAGGCUUUACCUGGAAAUCGAGUGAAAGUGUCUUUUAUAACGUCCGAAAAAAUGCAUGGACGGGAUAAAAAGCGUUAUUCGACGCAUAUUCUGACAGUACUGGAGCAGACGGUUGCAUCGUUUUCCUCUCAAACAAUUCUGGAAAUUUUCGCUUUGGAGCUUCCGGGUCCAGUUGUGAAAUGGCUGCCGGCUUAUAUGUCUCGAUCCGGUAGUGGGACCGUUCGUUUCGAUGAUUGGUCUCAGUUGUGUGAUAAGUUUCCGAAACACCGAAAAUACUUCAAGCAAAUUCAGGACGACCUCUCCGAUCAGCCUUUUGAUACAAAAGCCCGCUUGAUAAUUUUUAGUAUGUCGGAUGACACCUACAGGUUUUUAAUCUGAUACAUUUAAAUGUAGAUUUAACCUUUUUUUAUAAUUUUUGUAUGAUGUAUUUUAGUGCGCCCUAAUGUUGUAUUGUGAUACGUCAAAAGUUUUAUGGUGUACAACGGUUCCUGCCAUUUUUUUUUACCACUUUUGGAACAAAUUCUUAUAAACUC